UGUUGGUAAUGAAAGUACGAUGCAAUAACAGAGACACAGACGACAUAGACAUCUGUAUUUUGACCAUCUUGUGAAACAGUGAGGAUAACAAAUUGUUAAAAUGAGAGACGACGCUAUGGAUUGUGAACCGUCAUCGCCUGUUUAUAUUCAACAGUUUUUUCCAGAAACGAAUGAACGACCAAAGAGUACAUGCAAGAAGGGGAAAGGACACUGCUUAGAAUGUGAGGCUGCCUCCACUCUUCUUUCCAUCAGUAAGGCCUCGACCAGAUCUGGCCAUGGCUGUAGCUCACCUGCCAGACCAGACACCCCAGUUUCUGAAGAUGAUGCUUCUAAUCAUAAACAUUCAACAGAGGAUAACAGUGCCCUUCUCAAGGAGUCCAAACUAGCACAGCUCCUGAUGGGAAAACCCAUUGUCACCACCACUUUACCAUAUGAGACACCUCCCCGUACUCCAACAGACAUUGACUCUCCGUUUGAACUGGACUCAGAAAAGAGAUGUUGUAGCAGUGGCCAGCCUGUAUCGGUCAUUGUUUCUACCAAGAGUUUGAAGGCACAGGCAACAUCAGAUGCUGCUAAUCAUAACACAGCAACUGGUGGUCAGCGGCACUGUAAACAGACCACCACCGACAACAACCCAAUGCCAUCUUUGCCAUCCCAAAGUUUACUGACUCAGGCACUCUGUACUCCACCCAAUAAUCCACUGAUAAAUAUGCCACCAAAUAGGUCACCAGUGACCAGUUCUACUGCAUUCCCGGUUUCUGUUAUGGCACCACCCUUUUCCGUUCCAAUCUUCUCUGUUGCUAAACCACAGAUUAUCCAAGUUUUUCUGAUGAACAGUAACAAUAAUGGUGGCAACUUAAAGACAUUGGAUGAAAAAUCAGCUGUUCUGAAAAAGACUGGAGAUAAGCUCUGCCCCAUUGCUCCUGCCCCAGUGGCUUGUAACACAGCACAAGGGGUUGCAGAUAUGCUGAAAAUUGAAGAACUGAAAAGACGAAGGAGCCAUGUUUGCCAUUAUGAAAACUGUGGAAAGACUUACUUCAAAAGCUCACACUUGAAAGCACACCUUAGAACGCACACAGGUGAGAAACCAUUCGUGUGCACGUGGGAAGGGUGUGAUAAGAGAUUUGCUCGUUCUGAUGAACUUUCCCGCCACAAAAGAACGCAUACCGGAGAGAAGAAAUUCGCCUGCCCCGUUUGUGAUAGAAAAUUCAUGCGCAGCGACCAUUUGACGAAGCACAUGAAGAGACACGUUACAAAUAAACACACGCCACAACAGCUCACGCGACCGCCUGUCGAGUCGUCCAUGGACUGCAACAGCAAUGACAGUCACAUGUCGGAUGUUUCUCAGUGCAGUACAGAUAAACCAGCUCCGACGCCGAUUUCCCUGAGUGUCUACGUACCUGUUGCAUCACAAGGCUCUGCGUGA